CUCAGCACCGGAAGUGAGGCUAAACUUUGCGCCACACAGCGGAAAACAGCUGUUGUUUAGAAACAGGAAAAGAUAGGAUGCCUGGGCAGAAAAGAAAGAUGCCUUCUUCUGAACCUGAAGUAAAGAAAACAAAGAUAGAUCAAAGUCUCGUGGAGUCAGAUAAAACUCAGAUGCCCAAGAAGUCUUUGAGAGGAAGACCUCCAAAAAACAAAGCGUUGGAAACUCAGUCGUCUAAGCAGAAACAUAAAGCACAGCCGAGGGAAGAAAAUGGAAAACCUGUUCGACGGUCGUCUCGCUUGAAAACGCCACAAAAGAAAAGCACAAGAGGAAGGCGGCGGAAAGAUGAGGGGAAGCCGAAAGUCUCUGGAGAUAAAAAAUCUCAAAAUAUGUCUGUCUUGAAGAAAGGAGACAAGAAAUAUGUUUCAAGAGUAAAGAAAGAAAAGCCAUCCAUCUCUGAAACAAUUAAAACAGUCGCAACCUUGUUUCCUGUGCAAAUAGAGCACAAUUAUGGACGAUUGCUUGACCUUCAAAGUGAGGAGAUAACGUUACCCAAACCUGACAAAAUUCACGUGGCCAAUAUAAGCGAUCUGCAGUCGCUUCACGAACCGCGAGUGAGCAAAGUCGAAGAGCAUAAGGAGCUUCCGACAGACCCUAUUGAGAAAAUCACAGUGAGUGUGGAUGCAAAAGUAGAUGUGAUGAGCAAAUCUCCUCCACCUCUAGAGGCGCUUUUCAAAGUCAUCCAAGAAACCAGCAUCACGAAACACUCCUUCGCCGGUAAAGACAUUUCCGACAUGGAUGAGUUAGAAGUCGUGAACACGUGUUCCCUGCAGGACAGCGUACAAAGUACCGACAUGGCAAAAGUGUUUCUCCCGGAUGCGGAAGCAUUUCUGGAUGACGAUAUUGAGAUUGAACAUUGUGUGGUGGAGAUCGAAACUUAUGAGGAUUUGGAGGAGGAGGACACAGUGAAAAAACAAACAGGUGAAGCUGUGACGUGUAAGGAGGUCACUUCUUCGCCCUCUUUGCCCCAGGAAAGUGCGACGGACUCCUCGCAAGGGCUUCCUAAAAAGCAGGCCAUGAACCCGCAGGCUCGGACGAAGGCACGUCUGGCGGCUUUAGCUGAAGAAAGGGCGGCUGCCGCUAAGAAACUCCCACCUCGACAGCUCAACCUCCUUGCUCUCUGUGAAGAAAUCGCAGAUGAUAUUGCAUCCGAUGCUCCGGGAACUUCAGAUGAGAAAAAUAUUGAGCAACAACAGGAGGCGAGUGAAUCUACAGAGGUUUGCGAAACCGAAAAAGAGGCGUCUGAAAACGCCGCACCCCCCGAAACUUCUAGUGUUGAGACUGAUGAUCCCAAAGCUGAGGAUGGUACGCCCAAGAAACGUUUUUUCCUCAGCCAGGUGUCUUUGCCGCUCAAGACCCAGGAGAAGAAGAAACUCUCCCGCUAUCAGAGGCUCAGGCAGGUGGAGCUUCAGCGGGAUAAGUUGACUUGGACCCGUGUUAAGAAGCUGAAGUCGGAUCAGGCGAGUCAGGCUGGUUCUUCCAAGGAGACCGACGCUCCAUCGGUCUCGCCCAGCCCGGCCACCACCCCUGCACAGGUUCCUGUGCCAGAAAGCGUACCCAAAGUAGGCUCCAAUGAACCCAGGAGGGCACUUCCGGCUCAGGCGCCACCCAUGCCUAAUGGAAUCACCAGCCCCAAACCCAAACCAGUUGUGGAAUAUAAAGCCUACACUCCCAGAUGCAAAUAUUCACCAGAUGACUUUGAGCUCGAUGGUAUUGAAGAGGAGACGAGCAAACCAGCAGCACCCAAAAAUGAGGUGAAACAUUCAUGCAGACACACAUCCAUUACUGUUCAAGAGUUUGAAAAAAAUUUAAACCUAGAAAAGAAGACAUUAGUAUUUGGUGAAGGCUGUUUUUGUGCUUUACAGGAUGCUGGUCAGAAGGCAUUUGGUGCGGUGACGUGUAACGUGUGUGGGAUGCUGUACUCUCCUACCAGCCCAGAGGACGAAUCCCAACACCUCCUCUUCCACAACCAGUUCAUCAGCGCUGUCAGAUAUGUGGGCUGGAAGAAGGAGAGAAUCUUGGGAGAGUAUCCUGAUGGCAAGAUUAUUCUUGUUCUCCCUGAUGAUCCUAAGUACGCACUUAAAAAGGUUGAGGAGAUCAGAGAAAUGGUGGACAAUGACUUGGGCUUCCAGCAAGUGGAGACCAAAGUCCCAUCACAGACCAAAACCUUCCUCUUCAUUUCAAAUGAUAAGAAAGUCGCAGGCUGUCUAAUCGCCGAGCACAUACAAGAGGGAUACAGGGUUAUAGAGGAGUCCGUGCCGGAGGGUUCAGAAGGAGAGAAGGUCAUGUACGAGCGUCAGAGGGCCUGGUGCUGCUCUACCGUACCUGAGCCGGCGCUCUGUGGCAUCAGUCGCAUUUGGGUGUUCAGCAUGAUGAGACGGAGAGGCAUCGCCUCACGCAUGAUAGAGUGCCUCAGGAAUAAUUUCAUCUAUGGGUCUCAUCUAAGUAAAGACGAAAUCGCCUUCUCCGAUCCCACGCCUGACGGCAAACUCUUCGCAACACAUUACUGUGGAACCUCUCAGUUUUUGGUCUACAACUUUGUAAGCGGCAAUCGCUCAACCUGACAGGACGUGGACAUAGAGCUCAGUUUUAAAAUAUUGACAUUUGAGAAGAGGACUGGACUUAGAAGACUUUAUUUCACUAUACCAAACAGUGCAAAAAUGAAGUGAGAGAACAGAAACCGACCUUAGGAUGUUUUAAAGGCUCUUUUUGUUCAGAGUCUUGGUUUGAAUUGGUAAACAUUGGCACAGGAGGUGUAGGAUGCAAAGUUAGACACUGAUAUCUAACCCUCACGGCCAGUUUGACGUAUUUUAAUAAGCCUGCAGAGUAGCUUAUGCCUGAUGCAUUGUUCAGUGAAAGACAUCUAAACUGUUCUCUCAGGUUUAGGUUGCAGCCUAUUUUAGGACUCACCGUUUAGUGGAAGCCAUGUAGUCCAGUGCACAAUUGCAAAAUCAGUGUAAGUACUUCUUCCUAGAACAUAUAGGAAGGCGUGUGAACUUUUUUUACUGUAAGCAAUGCCUCGGUCGUGAGGCGACGACUUUUGAAUCUCAGGUUGAAAAACAUCAUAUGAAUUUGUCAUCGAAAUCUCCCUUUAACCCCUACAUCAUGUCAGCUAUUUUCAAAGAGAGAGUAUUUUCCUGAUACAGUGUGUUCCAUGUGCAUUUUAAAGAGGUUUACAUGCAUGGCAUUGACAUCGAUAGACGGCAGAUGAUUUCAAAGAAGUCGCUGGUUUUGCACAACACUGUGCAGAAUGAAUAUGAUUCAUUUGUUUUUAAAACACAAGUGUAAUAAUUCAGAAUGUUUGCCCAGUCAUAGUAUUCCAUCUCAUUUGAAUAUUUUUUAGAAUGAUUUUAUGUAUGUAUAUGUAUUUUGAUUGAAUUAUAUUAAUUUACUCAUGACUACAGAUGGAUCUUUCGUUACCUUCGCUAGCAGGACAAAGGGUUAAAAUCAC